GGGCACUCCACCCGAGCUGAGCACCACCCAGGUCGGUAUCCUCGGAGAUCAGACCGUGCGAGGAGCCGCGGGGCGACGACUGCUCGUUGGUGAGGGUGCCAUUGGCGUUGGCGUGCAGUGUAUGGUCAACGUCGGUAUGGUGGUGUCCAACAUUGCCAACAUGGGAAUCUCCAUUAACUCUGCGGUGAACAGUGGGUUCUGCGGCCGAAUCAACCGUCAGGGGCCGGUCAACAAGGUCACUGGCGUCUUCGAUGCCCUCUGCACCGUGGACAUUGGCGGCGCGAUUGCCUACAUGAGUCAG